CAAGCAUCUUAAAUUUCUACUGAACAAAAAAUAAAGAAACAAGUAAAAUGAUGGAUGCUCUCCUUGAACUAGAGAAGGCCAUGCUGGGCAUCUUCCUCGGAAUCAUGAUAGCCAUCUUCAUCUCCAAGCUACGGCGCAAGCAAUUCAAACUCCCACCAGGCCCCACGCCGGUACCUAUAUUCGGUAACUGGCUACAAGUUGGCAAUGAUCUUAACCACGGCAACCUUGUGGACUUCGCCAAGAGGUUUGGCCAUCUCUUUCUGCUCCGUAUGGGCGUGCGGAAUUUGGUGGUUGUUUCCUCACCUGAACUGGCUAAACAAGUACUCCACACACAGGGUGUUGAGUUUGGUUCUCGCUGUAGUAAUAUGGUUUACGAUAUCUUCACAGGCAAUGGACAGGACUUGGUGUUCACCAACUACGGUGAGCAUUGGCGAAAAAUGCGUCGCAUAUUGACUGUCCCUCUCUUUACUAACAAAGUUGUGCAAAGAUACCGGUUUGGUUGGGAGGAUGAGGCGGCUCGUGUUGUUGCAGAUGUUAAGGCCAAUCCAGAAUCUUCCACCAAUGGGAUCGUGUUAAGGAAGCGACUGCAGUUGAUGAUGUACAACAAUGCUUAUAAGAUUAUGUUCGGCAGGAGGUUUGAGAGCGAAGAUGAUCCCUUGUUAUUGAAGCUCAAGGCCUCGAGUUGGGAGCGUAUUAGGCUUACUCAGAGCCUUGAUUACAAUUACGGAGAUUUUAUCCCUGUUCUCCGCCCUUUCUUGAAGGGCUAUCUCAGACUCUGCAAGCAAGUUAAGGAUGAAAGGUUUCAGCUUUUUAAGGAUAAUUUUGUUGAUCCGCGGAAGAUGCUUGUAAACACAAGGAGAGUAGAUAACGACAGCUUAACGUGCGCCCUGGAUCACCUUUUAGAAGCUCAACAACAAGGAGAUAUCACCGAGGAGACUAUAUUUCAUAUUGUUGAUGGCCUCGACAUCGCUGCAAUUGACACAACACUACGGUCAAUUGAAUGGGCAAUUGCGGAACUGAUAAAUCACCCUGAAGUUCAGAAGAAGCUGAGGCAUGAGAUAGACAGUGUGCUUGGGGUUGGAGUUCAAGUUACUGAGCCCGACACCCACAAGCUCCCCUACCUUGAAGCUGUGAUCAAGGAGACUCUUCGCCUCAGAAUGGGCGUUCCGCUUCUAGUCCCUCACAUGAACCUUCAUGAUGCAAAGCUAGGGGGUUAUGACAUCCCGGCAAAGAGCAAAGUUGUGGUGAAUGCAUGGUGGCUUGCCAACAAUCCAGCUCACUGGAAGAACCCUGAAGAGUUUAGGCCGGAGAGGUUCAUGGAAGAAGAAUCAAAUGUUGAGACAAAUGGAAAUGAUUUCAGAUUCCUACCAUUCGGGGCUGGGAGGCGAAGCUGCCCUGGAAUUAUGACUGCAUUACCCAUUAUGGGUAUUACCUUGGGACGUCUGGUGCAGAAUUUUGAGCUUUUGCCUCCUCCUGGACAGUCUAAGAUCGAUACAGCAGAGAAAAGAGGACAGUUCCUUUUGCAAAUUCUGAAGCAUUCAACUGUGGUUGCCAAGCCAAGAUCAAUUUGAUAAUUGGUGUCUCUUCUUAUCUUUACUUUUGAUUGUCAAAUUGUGGAGUUAUUAGAAACUGUUGUUUCUGCAGUUCUAUGAAUUUGAAAAAUAAAGGCCGAAGUAUACUGCAACUUUGGAUUUA